GGAGCAGGAUCAGACAAACACUAACAUAUUCGUGAAGAAUAUUCUAAUACCAGACACUAGACCCAGUCCAAACACGAUCCAGAGCUCGAAACUUUGAAAGCCCAAACACAACACCCACCAGAUUUUUUGUUAGGAUGAGCAAAGUUGUUUCUCAUAUUCUGCUUUUAUGAUUGAACACAAAACAUCUGGUUUAAGAAAUUAUCUGUCAUGAAGUAAUUUCUGGUGCAUAGUUUGGUAAAAUUAAGUGGUUUGAGAACAUACAAAUAGCGAUUACCAAUCAUUGAAGAGCUUCCUCAUCACACACAUAUAAAUACAUUGGAUAGCAUAGAGCAGAUGAAAGAGGAGAUAGAGAAGAUGGAAGAAAGUCGGAGUUCAGAUAGCACAGCAAGACCUCUAUUAAGGGUAACUGAUGAUGAUGGAGAAGAAAAGACUCUUGCAAGGUGGUGGAAUAGAGUGUUGGACAUGGAAGAGGCCAAGCAUCAACUCUUGUUUUCUCUUCCAAUGAUUCUUACUAACAUAUUCUAUUACUUGAUCACUUCAAUUUCUGUCAUGCUAGUAGGUCACCUUGGAGAGCUUCAACUUGCCGGUGCUACUCUUGCAAAUUCAUGGUUCAAUGUCACCGGCUCUGCAGUCAUGGUUGGUUUGAGUGGGGCAUUGGAAACACUGUGUGGGCAAGGAUUUGGAGCAAAGGAAUACCAUGUGCUGGGAAUUUACCUACAAGCCUCUUGCAUCAUAUCUCUAAUUUUUUCCAUCAUUGUAUCGAUUAUUUGGUUCUAUACAGAACGAGUCCUGGUGUUUCUUCAUCAAUCACAGGACAUUGCAAGAAUAACUGCUCUUUAUAUGAAGUUUUUGAUCCCAGGAUUAUUUGCAUACAGCUUCUUGCAAAAUAUCCUGAGGUUUCUCCAGACACAAUCUGUGGUAAUGCCAUUGGUUGUGCUUUCAGCUCUUCCAUUGUUGGUUCAUAUUGGUAUUGCAUAUGCCUUGGUUCAGUGGUCAGGUUUAAGCUUUAAAGGUGCACCAGUUGCAGCUUCUAUUUCACAAUGGAUAUCAAUGCUGUUAUUGGCCUUUUAUGUCAUUUAUGCUAAGAAGUUCAAGCAGACAUGGCAAGGGUUUUCAACGCAUUCAUUCCAAUACGUAUUCACAAACAUUAAACUAGCUCUGCCGUCUGCUGCAAUGGUAUGUUUGGAGUACUGGGCUUUUGAAGUUCUGGUUUUCUUAAGUGGUCUAUUGCCAAACUCGCAGAUAACAACUUCGUUGGUUGCAAUAUGUUUAAACACACAAUUCAUUGCAUACACAAUCCCUAUUGGUCUCGGAGCUGCUGCAAGCACAAGAGUAUCCAAUGAAUUGGGAGCAGGCAACCCUGAAGGAGCUAAACAUGCAAUGAAUGUCACUGUGAAGCUCUCUUUCCUGCUUAGUUUCUGCUUUGCUUUGGCGCUUGGAUUUGGACAUGAUAUCUGGAUUCAGCUUUUCAGUGAUAGUUCUAAAAUUAAAGAUGAGUUUACUUCAGUCACACCCUUGCUUGCCAUUUCUAUAGUGCUAGAUGCUGUUCAGGGUGUCAUGCAAGGGGCAGCCAGAGGAUGUGGCCUGCAACACUCCACUGCAUACAUUAAUCUUGCAAAUUUUUAUCUUGUUGGAUUACCAAUAUCAUGUCUCCUCGGAUUUAUGACCAAUUUGCAGUAUAAGGGUUUAUGGAUUGGUUUGAUUUGUGGGCUGCUAUGUCAAGCUGGAACACUCUUCUUUUUCUUAAGGCGUGCCAAAUGGACUAAACUGGAUCUUCUUAGAGACAAAGAUAAAGACCAUCACCCUCUUGUUUAAUUCAUCGUCUUCCAAACUGGCACUGAAUUUACGAACAAAAGAUUAUCACAAAAUGGAGUGAACAUGAUGAUUUUGGUAAAACGUUUCUUGCUUAUACUCAUUUUUUAGAAUGCUAUAUAUAAUAUAAACUAAGCAA